GUUACAUCAAAAAGAGAGCACGAGACUGUGCCCCUAAACUCUCUUUCUGUCUCUCUGGCCAUGGCCUCGGCGGAGCAGCCUCCGAAGAAGCGAAAGCUAUACGAGUCCUUAUCAGAACCGCCUCUUCCUUCUUCUCCUCCUCCACCACCACCGUCAGAGCCACCUUCACAACCACCUCCACCACCACAAUCCCUACCCCAGCACGAGGAGAGCCCCGUAGCUCCACCGUCAACACCACCGCCGCUCUCUCAGGAGGAAAUUCUCAUCAGAAGGAGAAACAGAGACGAAAUUCGAAGCGUUCACGAAUGCUAUAAGCGUAUUAGGUUUUGCCUUUCGCACAAGGACUCUGCUGCUUCCAUGCCUGACCUCGAACAGGCCUAUCUUUCCCUCAUCACCGCUUCCAGAGGUUGUUCUAGUGUACAACGUAUAGUGGCGGAACUCAUCCCUCGAUAUGCAUCACAUUGUCCAACUGCUCUUGAAGCAGCAGCAAAAGUUGUUAUCAACAUGCAUAACUGGACUUUGGCAGUGAUAAAUAGAGGAGAGGAUGCUGAUGGGGUUGCAUUUUUGACUGCUAAAGCCUGUAUCUUUGGUCUGGUUGAUAUCUGUUGCACCGCUUCUUCAGAGGCACCAACGUCGUCUGUCAUUCGAGGCAUUUGCUUUGCGGUUUUUCAGAAUGUGCUUUCUUUCUUUGUAUCAUCGUUUGAGGGAAAGGAUAUCUUUCAGAUUGUUGACAAAGAAAUUUUGAAGAUGCAAGAUUCUGCGGAUAUCUUUGCUGAGCUUAAGCAAAUGUUUUCAGAUGAAGAUGUAUCUUCAUUGAUUAAGCUAUCCAAAUUCCGUGUGUUAAGUUUGCUCCGUAUUUUCUUUCGUUGCCCUAAAAACUUGCUUGCAGCAUCUUUUGAAUUCUUUAACAUCGGUGUAGCAGAGGGAGUUAAUAAAGAGGGUCAAUAUUUUCUAAGUCUGGUGACAAGAAAGCUUGUUGAAGAUGUGGCUCCUGUGUUGGGUAAAACUAGUGAUGGAUCUAAACAAUGUACUGGUUCUGUUGACAAAAGCACCGGAAGCAAUGAGGAGCUAGUAUCAGAUGGCAACUGUGUUUCGGUAGAUGCAUCAUCACCUGUUCCAAAGAGCUGCUUGUUGGCUAUGGUUCUUGAAAAAGACCGAUCAUUGCAGAGAUGGAUUUUCUCAAAGUACAAGAAAUUAACUAAUGUAUCGUUUUCUAAUACUAUUUCAGAAAUUAUGUCAGAUAUGAAAAGAAUCAUUCAAUCAUAUGAAGAAGUAAUGUCUGUAGAAAACAGUCUGGUAGACAGUGAUGUGGAUGAAUCUGAUCCAACUAAGUACAUCAAUCAACAAUAUCUGGUGCCUAGGAUCUCUAAUCAACGUGAGCACUCCAGUGAUCUAUCUGGUUCUGCUCAUGACAUUGGGGGCUUGAGGUCCAUGGAUUUUGAGUCUGGUGAGCAUGGAGAUUUGUCACAUGGCAGGUCUUCCAGGGACCUAUUGAACCACCAGAGGCUUUCACCCAGAAGAACGCCAUCAGACUUCAGGAGUAAUUCAUUUGAAGGUAGAAAUAAUUUUUUUCAUGUCGAGAAGAAUCAGGUUUCAAAUAUGGAUUUCAGUUUAUCUACCAUGAGAUCCUCCAGUGGAGGCCUACAUAAUUCUUUGGCAUCUCCUAAACAUAACUUGACAAUACCAUGUACUACCACAACAACUCAAACUGUUUGGUACUCUGAUGGGGAACCGGCAGCCAUGGAUAUUGUCUCUGCUUCCAAACAGCUCUGGGUAGGUUUUUCAGGAUCUGAUGCAUCUGAAGCUCAAUUAAGGUUUCAGUUUGAGAGGUUUGGUCCAAUAGAACAAUUUUUCUUCUUUCCAAUGAAAGGAUUUUCCUUGAUUGAGUACAGAAACAUCAUGGAUGCCAUAAAGGCUCGGGACUAUAUGCGACGGCAUUUUCCAUGGCGUGUAAAGUUCAUGGAUGUAGGACUGGGUACUAGGGGUUCGAUGAAGGGAGUUGCGGUUGGUUCUAGUUCUCAUGUUUAUGUUGGAAACGUUUCAAGCCAAUGGGCCAAGGAUGAGAUCCUGCAUGAAUCAAGGAAAGUACAUUAUAAGGGUCCUUACAUGGUUACUGAGCUUAGCAAUGAAGGUGCUGUACUGAUGGAAUUUGAAACUCCUGAAGAAGCUGCAUCUGUAAUGGCCCAUCUCAGACAGCAUCGUAUGGAAAGAAGUAAUUAUCGGGCACCUCCUGCUAAUGUUGCAGUGCCUAUCAAUAACCUUGGAAACAUGUCUAGUAGUAGUAUUGGAUCACCUCACACUCGAACUAUACCAGGGAGCCCUGCUGACAGCUGUAGGAAGAGGAUGUCUCACUUAUCUUCCUUACUCUCAUCAUUACGUGCUAAAUAUAAUAUCAAUCAAAGCUCAAGCUACUUUGACAGUUAUAUAUCUGGAAACAGCCAUACUGCUAUGAUGAGGGAAGAAGAUAAAGUGUCAUCAAGUACUCUUAGGAUUAAUUUUCCUAAUAUUAACUCCCCAUUCCUCACAGAUGAUGAGCUAAUGGCCAUUUGUAGUCUUGCUGUGGGCAAUGUCGGGUCUGUAGUCAGGUUGACACGAGCAAAUAUGCAGAUGGGGUGUGGUUGGUUUGUUGAAUGUAGCAGUGUAGAUGCUGCGAUUACAGUUUUGAAGAAUCUCCGUGGUUGCCCUGGAGUGUUCUUUCAGAUAGAAUUCAGUCAACCAGGAAAGCACCAUCCUGCAACUUUCCCAGUGAAACACGAGGGCAGCUCUAGGGAGCUUGUAUCCCCCAGAAUGAAACCUGAUAAUCAUAUAAACACUGCGCAAGGUGGAUAUUCAUUUCAGUCAAACUGGGCAGUUUCUGGUAGUACAGAAAUGCCUGAAAUUGGAGCGAGAAAAGUUGAUGGUUAUGACAAUAAAGUAGUGGUUGAUCCUUCACAAGGAGGUAGUCAUGUUGUUUCUGGCACUGCUGAACAAAUGUGGACAUACAAGAAACCUGAAGUUGAGCUACAUUCUGCUCCUGGGAACAUUCCAUGCAUGCCCUUGGCAACACGGGGACCUCCAAUUCCACCACCACAGCAAAUUCAUUCAUCUCCAUUUAUGCGACCUGCUUACCUUCCACCAAAUAGUCCCUGGGAUGCACGGGGUUUAAAUCAUCAUAUGCCUUUGAACCCAGUCUCUCCAGGUGUAAUGCCUAAUAAUUUUCAUGGUAAUGCUCCUUUUAUACCUGCCUCUGUAACUCCACUCGCACAGAUACAAGGAACUCCAUUGCAGCAUUUUGACCAAAUGUUUUCCUUGCCUGUAGUUCCACCACCUCUAAUGUCCCUACCACCUCCUCAGCCUGAAAUGCCUCCUCCAUUGCCUCCAUCUCCACCUCCUUUGCCUCAGUCACAGCCACCUCCACCUCCACCGCCUCCUCCACCUAGUUCUCCCCCUCCCCCUCCACCUCCACCUGUUUCAGAAACAUCCAAUAUGGAAAGUUCUGGGCAAUGUCCGGAAUAUCAGUGGCAGGGCACAUUAUGUAAAAGUGGGGUUCAUUACUGCACAGUUUAUGCACAUAAAUUGGACUCCAAUAUUUGCAAAUAUUCAAACCCCACUUCUGAGCCUGCUGAAUGGCCUGCUAAAUUAGACAUGUCCAAACGCACAGAUUUCCGUCAUGUGAAAUCAACAUUCACUAGUACCCCACCACAUAAAAGGGAGGUCUGUCAGCUGCUUCCAUCUUCUGCAGGCGACCAUAAAGGCUUUCAGGAUUUCAUAUCAUACUUGAAGCAGAGAGAAUGUGCAGGAGUAAUCAAGAUCCCAGCUGCAAAAUCCAUUUGGGCAAGGCUUCUCUUCAUACUUCCCUACUCGCAUGAAGCAUGUUCCAUGCUCUCCAUUGCACCUAAUUCAUCUGAUUGCCUAAUUGCGUUGGUUUUGCCUAAGGAAACAAACUUGGAAUGGCUCUCAAUACAAAUUCAGAAUCGGAAAAAAAAAAAAAAAAAAACUCCCUCUCAGUCCCAAAAAAUGUCGAAUCGAUAUGCUAACAAUAGGCAAGACGCAAACAAGGGUUUCACUAAAACCACCCAGAAGAAAUUCGUCCCCAAAAAUCACAACUCAGCUCCAAAAGAACCAAACCCCAAUCCCAAUCCCAAUCCGACGCUCUCAUCUUCUCUCAGGCAAUCGCUGUCAAAGCAAUCGGAUGCGGCGUCGACGACAACGAGUAGGGAGAGCGGAGAGUUGGUGUCCAGAAGAGCUGCGAGUGGCAAUUUCGUAAAUUACUUGCCCCAAGACGAGGCGGUGGCGGCUGGGCUCGGCCCAAACGAAGCUGGAUCGGAUGCACUGUUGUCUCAGAGUGUUGUGGAUCUUUUGAAUAGGGAGUUGUCUCGUUUGCUCAAGCUCAAUCCUAGAGACUUUUGGAGAGAAGUGGCUAGGGACUCUUCAUUGCAUGAAUUUUUGGAUAGCUUCCUACAGUUUAGGAGCAGAUGGUAUGACUUCCCUCAUCGUGGAGCAAAGGGAAUAGUUGCAGGGGUCAUUGUUGGAGAGCUUGAGUUAAGCCGCCGUGUCUUUAUGGUAUUGUAUCGCAUAUCUUCUAAUAGAGAUCCUGGUGCUCGGGCUGCGGAUAGUCUUAGUCCAAAAGAUCAUGGAGUUAUUUUGCAGGAAAAGAAGUUGCUGGACUUGCCUAAAUUGUUAGAUAUAUGUGCCAUCUAUGGUCAUGAAAACGAAGACUUGACCAGAAUAUUGGUUGGGAAUGCUUUAAAAGCACAGCCUAGGAUCCAUGAUAAUUUGACUGCAGUAAUGUCACAUUUCCUGAGCAUUGUUCACACAAUGAAUCAACGUUGCAGCUCAUCUUUGGAGGUCCUAUUUUCCUCUGGAAGCAGUGAAGACCAUGGAGCCAGUCGACUUCAUGCUGAUUAUUUAGAGGUGAUCGACUUCAUUAAUGAUGCAAUUGUAUCCAUGGAUGCUUUUGUGACCGCAUACAAACCCGCGGCUGUGUACUUCGCUUGCCCUGUUGAGUUAAGUUUAGGGAAUGAGGAAUUGCUGAAUACACUUGCAAGGUUGCAUGAUUCAUUGCUACCAUCUCUACAGCGGGGGUUCAGGAUCAUCUUUAAAGCUGAUGAAAUUGAAAUGAUAUCUAAAGUUGCAAUAAGCUUGAAGAUGUUAUCAAUGAGAAUAGUCAAGUUUGGUUGGAAUUUAUUGGACAUUUGCUAUCUAAGCUCUGAAGUGUUCGGAGAUGGCUUUCCUUUUCCACCUGCCAUAAAGAUGUUUCCAGCCAAUGUAGAGGAUUCUUUCAUAAGGGCAGAUAUUUUAGUUCAAACUUUUAGGGAGAUCAAUGGAAUUUCCCUACAAUUUCAGGAGAACCAAAACAGAGAAACUUUUCUUCAGAAUGUUGAAAAGGUUCACAAUGUAAUGAGCAAACUUGAGAGUUUACAAAAUACUGGAUGGAUAUUCAUGGAGGAUGAACAGUUUCAGUAUCUAUCUGGGAUAAUGCAUUCUCCAAAGGCAACUACUAAGGAGCCAUCCUCUACAAGAACCCUCAUCACAAGUAACAAAGCACAGGUGGGUGAAGAUACUGCAGUAAUGGAGUCCAAAAUCAGUCAGAUAAAGGACCUCUUCCCUGAUUAUGGUAAAGGUUUUCUUGCUGCCUGUCUUGAAGUCUAUAACCAGAAUCCAGAAGACGUGAUUCAGAGGAUUCUAGAGGGAACACUCCAUGAAGAUCUGCAGUCCUUGGACUCUUCACUAGAGACAAUUCCAAUGCCUAAAUCUGCUUCAACUGCAAACUUGAAAGAUAAAGGGAAAGGUAAACUCGAGGAACCCGCAUCACCAAAAAGGAAAAUUGAAUCUACAACACUGUCAUCUACUAGUUCAGUGUCUGUAACUAGGGAGCCACCAGUUGAGGGUCCCUCAUUUUCAUCCUCAUCUAAUCAUGGGAGAUAUGUCAGGAAGUCCCAAAUGGACUUGCCUGAUUCCAAUAUCCUUGAUAGCAAAACUGAAACAGAUUUAACAAGGGCUGCUGCUAUAGUUUCACAGUAUGAGUAUGAAGACGAGUAUGACGACUCUUUUGAUGAUUUGGGUCUGAGCAUAGGAGAGACAGGAGGAGAGGAGAAUGAGAUACUGGGUGACAAAAUGAGGUCAAAUUCAGGGAAAUCUUGGGGACAGGAGACUGAAAGCUCUGCUCAAAAGGCACCUAGUUCAAAGUGGGGUUCCAAGAGGAAGCCCCAAUACUAUGUCAAGGAUGGUAAGAACUACAGUUACAAGGUUGCAGGUUCAGUUGCAGUUGCAAAUAGCAUGGAAGCAUCAUUAAUUUCACAGUCUCAACAAGAAUCCAUUUAUGGCCUCGGACGAGGUGGCAACUUUCCUCUUGGUGCAAUGAAGAAGCUGACCGAGUCAUAUGAGGAACAAGAUAACCAAUUGGAUGUUCCUCAGGCAGAAGGGAGAGGAAAUGUGGGGAACAUGAGGGGCAGGGGAAGAAGGGGUGGCAGGGGAAGACCAAGGGAGUCUCACGAGGAGCAAGAUAAGCAGCAGCCUGAUGCUUCUGAGACGGAAGUGAGGGGAAAUCUGGGGAAUUUCAGAGGCAGGGGAAGGAGGGGAGGAGGGGGAAGAAGCAACAGUUACAGAAAGGACCGUGCCAUGAGUAAACACUUUUCCGGAUUGACUGGAAUUUAAAUAUAUAUAGGCUACUUUAUAUACUUUUUUUGAGGAUUUUGACGCAGGAAAAAGAAAGAAAGUAGGGGAUAAAAAAAGGGGAUCAUUGAAGGGCUUUGUUUGUUUGAGAGCUGCAACUGUAUAGUGGUUUGGUUCCUUCCAAGUUACCAGUUACACUGGCUGAGGUUACUUUUUAAGAUAGUUGCAAAUUUGUAAUUUCCUUCUUAUUUUUGAUAGGUAAGAUUUAUAUUUUCUAUUCAAAUUUUUCUUUUUUGACAAUUCAAUAGUUACAGCAGCAUAGGGGAAUUUGAACCCUAAAUGUUUGCGUUGGAAACACUAGAAACCUAAUGAUAUUAUGUCUAUUCGGAAUC